AUGUCAGCUACAAUCACCCAGACCGUCUCAAGGCCGAACCACCUACCAUCUCGUCUCUUGGACGACUACGAUCUGCAUCACUCCGGCAAAGCGCAGAAGAACACUGAAGAGACAACCCCGCAGGGAGGCCUUUCAGCAGAACCGCCGCACUGGGAUGUUCCGCAUCGCCGGGUUCCAGCAUACAGGCCAAUCGACACGGAAAGAGAUCAGUCGCAGAUUCGCGUUUACACGCAUCCCGCCGAGAGGGUCUUCAUCGCGACUAUGUUCACAGGCGUUUUUGUCAACGCAACUGCGGCGAAGGCUUGGCGAGCAUCGUUUGGCCGUCUCAAUGAGAAUAUUUUCAAGUACAAGAUUGGGGGCGAGAUCUGA